AGAGUGCGUUCAAAGCGCGCGAGCUCACGAUUGCUCGAAAUCUCGCCUCCACGGCCGCGUAUGCCGUCGCAUUUCUCGGCUGCCAAUCGUCUGGUACGCGUGUACAAGGUAUCGCACAUGGGGACUUAUUUGUAUCAAGCUCGCGGUCACCAACGCAGUUCUUCAGAUACGCAGGCGUUUCGCGAGCGUACGAAGAGGGAUGCCCGUGCCGAGUUGCAACGUGAGCUGGAGAACCUGCAGGCGACCGCCUGCGAUGGCGACCAGAGGGAAUUGGUCGAACGGCAAUUCGUAGGAUUUAAACAUCUGUUCGACCGUUACCUGCAGGAAGAAGGUCCAUCCUUGGAAUGGGACCACAUUCAAAAACUGCCCGAAGAUGCGGUCAAAAACUAUAACUCGUUGCCAUCACCGGAAUCCAACGAGGUGAAGGCACUAUUAGACAAAUUGGUUGUAGUUAAAUUGAAUGGCGGUCUUGGAACGAGCAUGGGAUGUCAUGGACCGAAAUCCGUGAUCGCCGUACGAAAUGGGCUUACCUUCCUAGAUCUCACCGUUCAACAAAUCGAGCAUUUAAAUAAAACGUACAACGCCAAUGUGCCACUCAUUCUGAUGGAUUCAUUCAACACAGACGACGAUACGCAACGUAUAAUUAGAAAAUAUAAGGGAAUUGAUAUAGACAUUUACACCUUCAAUCAGAGCUGUUAUCCGCGCAUAAAUAGGGAUUCUCUGCUCCCGAUUGCUAAGCACGCUCAAGUUGAUGAGGAUAUAGAAGCUUGGUAUCCACCUGGCCACGGGGACUUCUACGAGAGUUUCCAGAAUUCUGGCUUACUUAAAAAAUUUAUCCGAGAAGGCCGUGAAUAUUGUUUUAUCUCAAACAUCGAUAAUCUCGGUGCUACGGUAGACAUAAAAAUCUUGAAAUUAUUGCUGAGCCAAGGACCGGAACCACCUCUCGAAUUCGUGAUGGAAGUGACCGAUAAAACACGAGCAGAUGUUAAGGGUGGUACACUUAUAAAAUACGAGGAUAAACUCCGUCUCCUCGAGAUAGCUCAAGUUCCCAAGGAUCAUAUUGACGACUUUAAGUCCGUUAAGACAUUUAAAUACUUCAACACUAACAACCUCUGGAUUAAACUAAGUGCCAUCGAGAGAGUACUUGAUCAAAAAGGUUUGAAUUUGGAGAUAAUUGUGAACAAUAAGACCUUCCCGAAUGGCCUAAAUAUAAUACAGCUUGAAACAGCUGUAGGAGCUGCUAUGAAAUCAUUCGAAGGAAGUAUAGGUAUAAAUGUGCCACGCAGUCGAUUCCUGCCGGUGAAAAAGACCUCCGAUCUGAUGCUCGUAAUGAGUAAUCUGUAUACGCUGCGUAACGGAUCUCUUGUAAUGAGUCCUCAAAGGAUGUUCCCAACGACGCCACUGAUCAAAUUGGGAGACAAUCACUUUUCGAAAGUGAAAGAGUUUCUGACUAGAUUCCCAACAAUACCGGAUCUUCUUGAAUUGGAUCAUUUGACAGUGUCGGGAGAUGUUACUUUUGGAAAAGGAGUAACGUUGAAAGGUACAGUCAUCAUAAUUGCCAAUCACGGAGAACGUAUAGACCUGCCAUCCGGAACCGUCUUGGAAAAUAAAAUUGUGUCGGGCAAUAUGCGUAUACUGGAUCAUUAAGUUGCGACAAGAAGCCUAGGAAAUAGUGUCUUAAUUUGUCUUGCAGAAUUUGCGUGAAUGUUUGAGAGAACAGCGUCUGAAACAAGCGUUUCUAGUGAUCAUGUCUAAGCAUAAAUUAACUAGUCAAGCAAUUCAAUUGUAUAUAAUCAUAAUAUAUUUUAGAGGGAAAAUCGGAGAUAUUUCUAUAAAAAUUAUUUUACUGAGUAUUGUACAUAAGAAUUCUUUUGAAUGCAUUCACAAAGAAUCAAAUACACAAAGAGAAAUUUAUUAUGAAUAAAGUAUAUUAUUAUAUAAGCGACCGAAAAGAGCUUGUACGAAAUACAUAUAUAUUGUAUUAUUA